AUGUUCACGCGGGGGUCCCGGCGGCGGCGAUCGGAGCGAGCCGCCCAGGACCCCGAGCGGGGCCGGCCGUGCCGGGUGUGCCGGGAGCUCUGCCCGGGCUUCCAGGAGCACCCCUGGAGGAAGCUGUGCCAGCACUGCAAGUGCCCGCGGGGGGAGCACGUGGGGGGCGGGGUGCCCCCGGCCCUGCAGGGGGUCCUGGCCCGGCUGCUCCCUGAGUCCCACCCCCCCCCCGGCUCCGAGGACUCGGGGUGCUCGGCCGACGAGUUCGCAUGGGCGCCCCCCGGCCUCAGCCCUGACCAGGUGUGUCAGUACUUCUCGCUGCUCCCGCCCGCGCUGGUGCCGCGGCUCCGCAGCCCCGGGGAGCGGCACCGGCUGCGGGAGCUGCUGCGGCAGCUGCCCCCGCACGACCUCGAGCCCCAGUUCUGCCACGACCUGGACGAGGCCGAGCGUCGGGAGCUGAAACUUUUCGCCCAACGCCGCAAACGGGAGAAUUUGGGCCAGGGGAGCGUCCGGCCCCUGCCCCUGACCAGCGAGGGGGCCGUGUGCCAGCAGUGCGGGGCCGCGGUGCGCGGCGGGGCCCUGGCCGUGUUCGCGGCGCGGGCCGGGCUCGGGCUGUGCUGGCACCCGCGCUGUUUCCGGUGCCAGCAGUGCCAGCAGCCCCUCGUGGACCUGAUCUACUUCUGCCCCGGGGACAGCGGCGGGGCGCGGCUGCUGUGCGGGCGGCACCACGGGGACAGCGUGCGGCACCGGUGCCCUGGGUGCGAUGAGCUGAUUUUCGGGGGUCCCUGUGCCGAGGCCGGGGGGCGCCGCUGGCACCUGCGCCACCUGCGCUGCCUCGAGUGCGAGGGGGCCCUGGACCCCCAAACUGUGCCCGGGGGGGAGGGGCAGCCCCUGUGCCCCCCCUGCCGCGCCCGCCGCGCCCACCUGUGCGACACCUGCGGGGACCCCAUCGGCCUGCAGGACCCCCACGUCACCCACAGGGGGCAGCACUGGCACCCCCUCCCCGGCUGUUUCCGCUGUGCCCCCUGCGGGCGCCCCCUGCUGGGCCGGCCCUUCCUGCCCCGGGGGGGGCAAAUCUUCUGCUCCCCCGCUGCCAACAGCCCCGGGCACCGCAGCGCCCCCCGGAGGCGAUCCUGGGGAGGGGCACCCCCGGCUGGCUGGCAGCCCCGGUUCCGCCGGGGAGGUCCCGACCGCCACUCCCUGCCCGAGCUGGGGGCAGCGCCCCGCCCCGCCCCCACCGGCCCCGCCCCCACCGGCCCGGCCCCUCCCCCCCCGGGGCUCCCCCCCAGCGCUGCGGAGGGGGAGGGGCCGGGGCCGUCCCCGCUGGCCUUCAUCAUCAUCAUCAUCAUCAUCAUCGUCAUCACCCCGCCCACCAACCCCGGCCCCGCCCCCGCCCCCGCUCCCGGGGCUGCCGCCUGGCCUGACCCCGUGACCUGUGACCUCUGGGUGACCUCUGACCUCUGCCUUGAGCCGCUGAUCUCUGGACCUCCUGGUGACCUCCUGUUGCUGACCUUUGACCUCUGCUCUCCUCCGGGGCCUUUGCUGCUGACCUUUGACCUCUGCCCCCUCAGGGCUCUGCUGACCUUUGACCUCUGCCCCACCUCCGGGGCGUGA